AUGUCUAGACCAGGGAAUAGUUUGGGAAAAACACGUUUAGUAUCGCCAUGCCGAGGAUCAGACUGUACACACAUUCAGUGUAUGGAUGCACUUACACUACUCAAGAUGAAUGAAGGGCGUCCCCUCUCCAAAAAUAAAUGUUACAUGUGUGAUGAACCUGUUGGCAAUAUAUACAUUGAUGGAUUAUUCUUAGAAAUUCUGUCCUCUGUACCUGAUUCUGUUACUGAAAUAGAAUUCAAACAAGAUGGUUCAUGGAUGUAUGAAGAAAAUGGUACUUAUCAUACAGCCAAAACUUCUUCACCUAUCAGGAACAAGGAACAGACAAGUCCACUGUGUGACGUAGACACCCGAAGCAACUCAACUACCUCUCACAAAGAAUCAGAAAGAGAAGAAGAUAUUUUUGGUGCUAUGAAGUCUCAUUUAUCAAGACUCCAAUCACAAGUAGAUAAACUUGAAUAUCUUUCAAAGCAGCACGAAUCAUUUAAAGAGAAAAUAGAUGACAGUGUAGCUACCGGUGAAGGGGGUAACAAUGCUGUGGUAGAUUUGUUGGAUAAGGAAGGUCCAAACUUAGUUGAUUUGACGAGGGGUAGUAAUCAAGGUCUGUCUGACCAAGCUGGAUGUUAUAUCGAGGAUGUAAAGAAAAUUGUGAUAUAUGACAACAUAAAGAAUGAUAAAGAUGGUGACAGUGUUGUGGUAGAUUUGUUGGAUGGCAAGGUUCAAGAUUAUGUUGAUUUGACAUGUGAUGAUGAGCAAAAAAUGCCAAACCCAACAGAUAAUAUUAGGAUUCGUAGUAAGAAAAAAAAUGGUAAAAAGAAUAAGACAGAAAAGAAAAUUGACAAUAUGAUUGCAAAAAUGCUAAAAAGUUUGAAAAAACCUGAGGAGAAAAGUGUUAGAGAACAGGAGGAUAUGAGCAAUGAUGAUGCAGAAAGUGAUGUUCCUUUUGUUGUAAUUGAAAAUGAUUUAGACACAGUUAAUGAAGAUGAUAUUGUUGAAAUUGAUCUCAGUAAUAGGACAUUGAAGAUAGUGGAAGAUAGUGAUGACAUUAUUAGGUCUUAUAAGGAAGAUGGGACUUCAGCUGAUGCUGAAAUAAGCUUGUCUGGAAAUUGUCAUGUAGCUAAUUUAGUUUUACCAAGUGCUGGUAAACCAUCAGAAAAUCAAGAUAAUGAUGAGUCAGAUGCUAUUGGAAAAGGGCAAAAACCCCAAUUGAAAUCUUAUUCAAGGUCUGACAAUAUCGAGAAAAACUUGAAUGUUGUUACAAAAUGUGAAAAGGAUCUCCUUCAGAAAGACACAGAUAAAGAGACAGCAAGAAAGUUGAAUACUGUGCAGCAUUCCGGGGCUGAAAGUGAAAGCAGUGUCAAACCUAACAGUCAAAAAGGUACUGGAACUGAGUUUCGGUGUGAUAAUGAUGGAAAUACUUCUAAGACUGAAACUGAAAGAAAGAUAGAUAAGAUGUCUACCUCUGAGUAUGAGAUACAUCAUUCGAAAGCCAGAAAAAAUUACAAUAUUCUUAAAUCAGAUGGUACACUGGAUGAACGUGAACAAAGGUUUGGAAUAGACAUGCUAUUGCCAAGUGUUGCACUGAAAGAGGAACAAAUAGAUCCAAAGUUAACAGAUGGAAACAUUGAAAUACACACUGAAAAAGAUGAUACAGGGAUAUAUGGAGAACAAAUAGAUACUGAAAGUGGCAAUUUGGAAACAGACCAAAGCAUAGGCAGUAUUAAAUCAGAAAUUGGUCCAAAUCGUGAACAAGAACACUCAUAUUGUAAGAGAACACCAACAGAAUUGAGAUUAAACUGUGAAAGGACAGGAGAAGGAACAAGUACCUCAAACCCUGGUGUAGGAGUGAGUUUGUCACAAACAGACUGUGAGAUAGGUUGUAUGGAACCAGGCAGAAGAAAGAGAACUAAAAAAUCAGAUGAUGAACCGGUUAUUCCCAACUCGAGGCAUAUGAAAAGGAUUAAAAGGAAACUCAUAGUGGACAAAAGGAAAGAAUUACCUGAGGAACACUUAAUGCAUCAAAUCUUGUUUGAUAGUGCAAUGGUAAAGAAAGAAAUAGAUUUUGCUCCAUCUACCAAGGAAUUAAUGAAAAUUGCAGAAUCUGGAAUAAAAAGAAAAUUGGAAAGAUCAAGCCCUGGUCCAGAUUUAGAAGAUGUUCUUAGAAGACCUUGUUUACCAUUACGAUCAAGUAGGCUACAGAGA